AUGCCCAGAUGGGGCCCUCUCCGCGGCGAUAGAGUUUUCCCGACAAUGGCUGAUUGCCUUAAUUUUAUACAGGGCAUGCUCAAGGGUUUGGUUUCUCUGCAUCUACACUGCAUCGCUCACCGGGACCUGCAAGCGUCCAACGCAGUUAUGGAUCAUUAUCAAAGCGAAACAGUUGUUCCAAUCAAAUCAUGGCAAUCAACGCGCGAUCUCUUCGGGGGUCAGGAUAGUGUGAUAUAUAAUAUCAUCGACUUCGACUACGCAUUCAUCAUACCGCCCUAUUGUCUCUAUCAUGAGGCCGAGGAGUCCUUAACAACAUCUAUUCAUUAUCCUCGAGACACUCGUCAAGGUGAACUUGAGUACAACCCUUUCGCAUAUGACGUCGGAGCUUUGGGAGUGAUGUUCUGCAACAUGUUUCAGGACCUCAUUCUGCAUGCCCCCAUGAUGACGCCUCUGUUAGAUAUGAUGGUAACCUCAGAUGUAUCCCGAAGAUUAGCGGCGGUAGAGGCUUUACACUUCUUCCAACAUGGUCUGCUGCCUAGUCCGUCUGAUGAACAGCUGGCUAUGGCUCCACCGCCACUUUCACCAUAUCGCGUUGUGACCGUUGAGGAUGACCGGUGGGCUGGUCUCCCGAGUGACUUCGUUGCCAAAUGGAAAGAACAUUGCACUCCUUCGUCAUCCUGA